AUGGCGGACGCUUUGGCGGCGGCCGGUACGGCGAUGUUCGAUGACGUGCUCAUGGCCCAGAAGUUGCCAAGCGAUGUGGUCCAGCGCUUCAACGAAUGCCUCAUUUCGGGGGCGCCCACGCCGGAGGAGGACCAGAAGGUCAUUGCUGAUGCCAUGUUCGCUUGGGCUCGAGAGCUGGGAGCCGUUGAUUUUGCUCACUGGUUCUUCCCUUUGCGCGGUGGGGGCGGAGCCGUGGGUGGUAUGUUGGGCGCCUUCAAGCGAGACACCCUGAUUGACUUGGACUUCAAAUCGGCCUAUGUCACCAAACCCAUGAAGGCCUGCUUGCCCCACGAGCGCUUGUUCCAAGGCGAGACCGACGGCUCGUCCUUUCCCAAUGGCGGGCUGCGAGUGACGCACUCCGCGGCGGCCUUCACCACAUGGGACCGGUCGUCUCCACCAUUUGUCAUGGACAAGUGCCUUUACAUUCCCUGCGCCUUCGUGACACACUUUGGCAAGUGCAUCGACGAGAAGACGCCGUUGCUUCGGUCCAUGGACGCCGUGAAACUCUAUGGUUUGCGGCUUUUGAAGGCCCUGGGCAUUGGCACAGAUGCUCAAACCAUGCACAGCUAUCUGGGCUGGGAGCAGGAGUUUUUUGUGAUCUCUGCUGAUCACUUCAAAGCUCGUCCUGACCUUGUGAACUGUGGCAGGACUUUGUUUGGCACCCUGCCCACGCGGCAUCAACAAGGCGAUCUGAAUUACUUUCAGCCCAUUCCCGGGAAGGUCCAAGAGCUCCUGGACACCGUACAGGCUGAGAUGUUGAAGAUUGGUUGCCCCAUGGCCGUGAAACACAAUGAGGUGGCCCCCGGGCAACACGAGAUGUCCCCCGUCUUCCGCACGGCCAAUGUGUCCUGUGACAGCAACGUUUGUUUCAUGGAGGUCAUGAACCGCGAGGCCGCCAAGCUCGGGCUGCAGGUCCUGUUCCAUGAGAAGCCCUUCGCGGGCAUCAACGGCAGCGGCAAGCACGCCAACUGGUCCGUGGGCACGGACACGGGCUUCAACUUCUUCUAUCCCGGGAAGACCGAGGAUGGUGCCAAGCUCUAUGUCACAGCCAUCGCCUGCCUGGCCUAUGGCCUGGCUCAGUACAACGAGAUGGUCCGCUGCACCGUGGCCCAUGCCGGGAACGACCAUCGCCUCGGGGCUCAGGAGGCACCUCCUGCGAUCAUCUCGCUAUACCCGGGCCAGGGCUUUGAAGCCUUCGUGGAGAGCAUCUGUGCGGGCGGGGACUUGCUGGGAUAUAAAGCUGAAAAGAAGAAGCAGGAGACUGGCUGCAGUGCGGCCAUGCACAUCGAGGCCAACGUCGAGGACCGCAACCGCACCGCGCCCUUCCCCUUCUGCGGCAACCGCUUCGAGUUUCGCGCGGUGGGUUCCUCGCAGAACUGCUGCCUGCCCAUCAUGGUCUGCAACGCCGUCAUGUCCGCCGGCAUGGCGCACCUUGCAGGACUCGUAGAAGGAGGAAUGAGCCACCGUGAUGCUGUGGCACAAGUCUUCAAGGAGAACAAACACGUGAUCUUCACGGGCAAUGGCUACUCUGCCGAGUGGCCUGUGGAGGCAGCCAAGAGAGGUUUGCCCAACCUGAACACCACACCCAAGGCUGUGGCAAAUUGGAACACCGAGAAGAAUAAGCAGCUCUUUGACACCUUGAAGAUCUACACAGCAGAGGAGACUGAAGCACGUCAAGAGGUCAUGUAUGAGAACUACAUUUCGUGCCUUUGCUGCGAGGUGGAGACAAUGGUGCAGAUGACUGAGAAGGGCAUUUUGCCCGCUUGCGCGCAGGACUUGGACAGAUUCAAGGGCAUGGACAAGCUGGCUGGCUCCAGAAAGACCACUUAUGAAGCCAUUGCUGACCAGCUGGAGAAACUAAAGGCCGUCUACUUGGCCAAGCCAACAGCCUUGGCGGAUGAAGCCACCUAUCUUUGCGACAAAGUCAAGCCUGAGAUGGUUGCACUUCGUGCAGCGGUGGAUAAGGCGGAAGCCAUGAUGGAUUCCAGAGUGUUUCUUGGCGUUGGAGCCGAGAUGGGGCCCCACUGGGGUCACUGGGUCUGCUACAACGUGAUGAUCUCAGCCUCUGCGAAGAACGUGCGCUGGCCCGUGGCGAUUCAGGUCUUCCAGGUCAUGCGACGGCGCAGCGAGCUCACGGUCUCCAGUCACAACGCGGCCAUUUCCGCCUUUGCCUUGGCUCUUCAAUGGACCUUGGCACUCGACGGCCUGGAAGCCUUGAGGCACCUGGGCCCAAAGGCAGAGAGGCCUGGCUUCGGAGCGGCAUUGAAGGCGUGCACUGCGGCGCGCCAGUGGCCCUUGGCAGUCCAGCUGAUGCAAGAGAUGCGGAGCAGCCAAAUCGCAGCAGAUGAGCAGGCGAAGAAAGAUUUGCAGUCGGCCUUGGAGGUGACGCACCGUCCAUGUGGAUCCGUCCGCGUCGUCACGCCUCGCAUCAAAGAAACGUGCGCAUUGGCUCUGGGAGAGAUCAACGAGAUGCAGAUGAAAGGAGCCUAUCCAGCUGAAAGAGACGUCAUCUGGAUCAAGGAGCGAUAUCUGGACGUCACCUUGUGGGUCUUGCUAUGUGGAUGGGUCUUGCAGCCUAUGAGCUUUGACAAUCCCAUGAUUCUUGUGUCCACGUGUGACCGAGAAAGCUCCAUCGAUGCCUUUGUUGUUUCAGUGGAGGCAUAUCGAAGGGAUCGUUGCCGGCGCAUUGAGGCAGGCGAUGAGUCUGCUGCCCUGAACAUUCCUCGUCAAAGCAAGGCCCCUGGGCCGGAGGGCAAGGCGACCGGGAAGGGUGUCAUGAAGUCAGCUCCAAAGACUACGCCCAAGGCCAAGCCCCCUCAGCCUUCUUCCUCACCGGGACCGACUGGUGGCAAGGCACCACCGAAAGCUCCAGUCGCAAAAAUGCCAGCGCCGCAGAAUUCUGGCGGCGAGGCAAAGCGGCCACAUCCGCCCAACGCGCCACCGACCAAGAGGACGCCUGAAGGUCACCUUGCGGGACGAAGUGGUGCCGAUCAGGUGCACCACCGCCCAAAGGUUCUGUUGGGAAGUUGGUGGCCAAGCCCCCUCAGCCUUCUUCCUCACCGGGACCAACUGGUGGCAAGGCACCACCCAAAGCUCCAGUGUCAAAAACACCAGCCAAGCACCCACAGAAUUCUGGCGGAGAGGGGAAAGCCAAAGUUGCGCUGGCGAAGAUGCCAGCAAAGCGGCCACAUCCGCCAAGCAACGGGCCACCUACCAAGAGGUCGAGGUCGGAGGAGCGCGAGUAGUCUCAGUAGGCCGUUGUUCGACUGGUCUGAUAUGUGA